AUGCUCACGCGGGUGAAGUCCGCCGUGGCCAAUUUCAUGGGCGGCAUCAUGGCUGGCAGCGCGGGCGCCGACCACGGCAGCGGCGCGGACUUGCCCCUGCGUUUCCCCUACGGGAGACCCGAGUUCCUGGGACUGUCCCCGGACGAGGUGGAGUGCUCCGCCGACCACAUCGCCCGCCCCAUCCUCAUCCUCAGCAAGGACACCCGGCGCCUGCCCUGGACCACGGGCUACGCGGAGGUAAUAAAUGCAGGGAAGAGCACGCACAAUGAAGAUCAAGCCAGCUGUGAAGUCCUCUUUGUCAAGAAGAAAGCUGGAGGCGCUAAUUCUACACCAAACAAGAACUCUUCAACAAAACGGAGGUCAUCGCUGCCCAAUGGAGAAGGUCUCCAGCUGAAAGACAAUUCGGACACAGAUGGGAUCAACCUGUACUACUGGUCCCUGUUUGAUGGACACGCUGGGUCGGGGGCAGCUGUGGUCGCUUCCAAACUGCUGCAGCACCAUAUCCUGGAGCAGCUGCAGGAGAUCGUGGACAUCCUGAGGAACAUGGCCGUCCUCCCACCCACCUGCCUGGGAGAGGAGCCCGACAACCCAGCCACCAACAGCAGGACGCUGACACGGGCGGCCUCCCUGCGUGGUGGUGUGGGGGCCCCGGGCUCACCCAGCACCCCUCCAACACGCUUCUUCACCGAGAAGAAGAUCCCACAUGAGUGCCUGGUUAUUGGGGCCAUAGAAAGUGCAUUCAAGGAAAUGGAUUUGCAAAUAGAACGAGAGAGGACCGUGUAUAAUAUUUCUGGUGGCUGCACAGCCCUUGUGGUGGUGUAUUUGUUGGGGAAGCUUUAUGUGGCAAAUGCUGGUGAUAGCAGGGCUAUAAUAAUCCGAAAUGGCGAAGUCAUUCCAAUGUCUUCAGAAUUCACUCCAGAGACCGAACGCCAGCGACUUCAGUAUCUGGCUUACAUGCAGCCCCACUUGCUGGGAAAUGAGUUCACACAUUUAGAGUUUCCACGGAGGGUGCAGCGCAAGGAAGUUGGAAAGAGGAUGCUCUACCGUGACUUCAACAUGACUGGCUGGGCAUACAAAACCAUUGAGGAAGAUGACUUGAAGUUUCCCCUUAUAUACGGAGAAGGCAAGAAGGCUCGAGUUAUGGCAACAAUUGGAGUGACCCGAGGACUGGGAGACCAUGACCUGAAAGUGCACGACUCCAAUAUAUACAUCAAACCGUUCCUGUCCUCAUCUCCUGAGGUGAGAGUCUAUGACCUCCUGCAGUACGAGCACGGGCCAGAUGAUGUUCUGAUCCUAGCUACUGAUGGACUCUGGGAUGUGCUGUUAAAUGAAGAAGUGGCAGAAGCUGUCACUAACUUCCUACCAAACUGUGACCCCGAUGAUCCCCACAGGUACACGCUGGCGGCGCAGGACCUGGUGAUGCGAGCCAGGGGAGUGCUGAAGGACCGGGGCUGGCGAAUAUCCAACGACAGGCUGGGCUCUGGAGACGACAUCUCUGUCUAUGUCAUCCCUUUAAUACACGGGAACAAACAGUCGUGAAAGUAGCAUCAAGAGUGGUUAUAGGAUGGGGAUCUUUUGGG